AGAAGACUGAAGGGCAGUAGGCACACCCGCACGGCGCACUCUAGUACUGACUAGUGACUACUGAGUAGCUAGCUACUGAGCGAAAUUCCCUUCCCGCCAUCAUUCUUUCAACUUCCAUUGAUUAAUUUCUGCAAUAAAGUUAAACCCCAAAUUUAUUUUCUCUCUCCUCAAACUCCAUUCGCCAGAGAGCCGCUCUUCCUCUCCUUCCUCCUCCUCCGGCCACCGCAGUUCCGAUUGCCUCCUCAUCCUCUUAAAACCCUAACUACUUUCCUCCGUUAAAACUACCGUCUUCCAGUUGUAUCACCACCUACCGUCUGUGGCACCUCCGCGAUUGGGAACUGCCAACCACCUCUCCUACUCCGCUGCUGUUAUUCUCGGUGUUGACGAAAUGGAGGGCGAUAUCAAUACGUUAAGAGUGCUUGUUGCAACAGACUGCCACCUAGGUUACAUGGAGAAGGAUGAGAUACGGAGGCAUGAUUCAUUCGAGUCGUUCGAGGAGAUAUGUUCAAUAGCAGAGAAAAAGCAGGUGGAUUUCAUACUUCUUGGUGGUGAUCUCUUUCACGAGAACAAACCUUCAAGGUCAACUCUGGUAAGGGCUGUGGAGAUUCUUCGUCAAUACUGCCUCAAUGAUCGUCCAGUGCAGUUCCAAGUCGUUAGUGACCAGACUUUAAACUUCGCAAACAGAUUUGGUCAUGUGAAUUACGAGGACCCUCACUACAAUGUAGGCUUGCCUGUGUUCACAAUUCAUGGCAAUCAUGAUGAUCCUGCUGGAGUGGACAAUCUAUCUGCUGUUGAUAUCCUUUCAGCGUGCAAUCUUGUCAAUUAUUUUGGCAAAAUGGAUCUUGGAGGAUCUGGGGUUGGGCAAAUAACUGUUUGCCCGAUUCUUAUCAGGAAGGGUUCCACGUCUGUGGCUUUAUACGGCCUUGGAAAUAUACGGGAUGAAAGGUUAAACAGAAUGUUUCAGACUCCCCAUGCUGUUCAGUGGAUGCGCCCUGAAGCGCAAGAAGAAUGUCAAGUUUCAGAUUGGUUCAAUAUCCUUGUUCUCCACCAGAAUCGAAUAAAAACAAACCCUAAAAAUGCUAUAAAUGAGCAUUUUUUACCACGAUUCCUUGAUUUUAUAGUUUGGGGGCAUGAACAUGAAUGCCUAAUUGACCCUCAGGAAGUUUCCGGAAUGGGUUUUCAUAUCACACAACCUGGUUCUUCUGUUGCAACAUCACUAAUUGAUGGGGAAUCGAAGCCAAAACAUGUUCUUCUCUUGGAAAUUAAGGGAAACCAAUACCGCCCAACUAAAAUACCUCUGCUAUCCGUGAGGCCUUUUGAAUAUUCUGAGGUUGCGUUGAAAGAUUUAACUGAUAUUGAUCAAAGUGAUCAGAAUUCAAUUCUUGAGCAUUUGGAUAAAGUGGUCAGAGAUCUGAUUGAGAAGUCUAACAGCAAAGCGGCCAACAAAGAUGAGGCUAAGCUUCCAUUGGUUCGAGUUAAGGUAGAUUACUCAGGAUAUAUGACUAUAAAUCCUCAGAGAUUUGGUCAGAAAUAUGUUGGAAAGGUGGCAAACCCUCAGGAUAUUCUGAUAUUCUCAAAGGCUUCACGGGUCAAGAAUCGAAGUGAAGGGAAAAUUGACAAUUCUGAGAAAUUCCGACCGGAAGAAUUAAAUCAACAGAAUAUAGAGGCUUUGGUUGCAGAGAGUAACCUGAAAAUGGAGAUCCUUCCUGUCAAUGAUCUGGAUAUUGCACUGCAUAAUUUUGUCAGUAAAGAUGACAAGUUGGCUUUCCAUGCUUGCUUGCAACACAAUCUUGAUGAAACACGUAGCAAAAUUGCUGAGGAUUCAGACUCAGUCAAGUUUGAGGAAGAAGACUUGAUAGUCAAAGUCGGAGAGUGUUUGGAGGAACGUGUUAAACAUAGGGCAACACACCCGAAGGAGACCUCUACCUUCAGUGCUCAAUCAGAGGAGUUUAGGGGUAAACGCAUGGCAGGAGCUAGAAGUGCAGCAUCUUUUAGUGAUGAUGAUGAUGAUGCCACCCAGUUGUCAGGAGCAAAACCUAUCGCUCGAGGCAAGAAAGCGACGGCUUCAGCUCUUGGCUCUUCCCGUGAUGCUUCUGAAACUGGCAAAAGCUCGACGAGAGGAAGGGGAAGGGGAAGGGGGAGAGGAAAAGGUGCCACCAAUAUGAAGCAGACAACUCUUGAUGCAUCUUUGGGUUUCCGCCGUUCUGAAAGACCUUCAUCAGUCGCUGCCUCAGUCUCAGUUCAUAGUAUUGUUGCGGACGAUGACAAUGUUGAUUCUGCCUCGAGUGAUGGAGCAGAGGAGUAUGAAGCUCGGGAUGUUGAUGAAAGUUCGGGUGAUGAUGGAAAACUCCAAGGAAAAAGUCGCAAACGAGCUGCACCGAGAGGAAGGGGGAGAGGUUCUACGCAGCCCUCUAAGAGGGGGAAACAAUCAGGGGGCUCUUCACUUCAAAGGAUGCUUAUGGGAAAAGAUGAUGAAGACGAUGAUGAUGACAUACCCAACCGAUUUAACAAGUCUCAACCCAAGGUCACAAGAAAUUAUGGAGCUUUAAGGCGGUAACAUAAUAAUGCAGUCUUCUUCACCAAACCAGUGUUGAAGCCACAUUUUCUAAGGAGCCGUUUCUAGCUACCUCAAAAGUUAGUGUGGAAAUUUAGCAAUUGAUAUAGCAUAAAAGGUACGGUCAUUAUAAAGAAAUUGUUGACAGUUGGCGAUUUUCCCGUUGGCCAGUGUAUAGUACAAUUUGAAGUUUUCUUUAGGAGAGUGCUUGGAGAUUUUCCUGUAGGUUUAAUGUGUAGUAAUACAAUUCUGAAGUCUGAACUAGUUGGUGUAGAAAUGGUGAUGUAUUAUAUGUUGAUUACCAGCUCCUAGCCGAAAUUCAUAUGUUUCACCUCCUUCAUAUGUAUGAGCUACUAUGUUCUUUGUUGGUUUAUGGCCUA